AUGCCACAUAUGACGCUGCUUCGAUACGCUAGCGAAUCAGCGGGUUUGAAUGGCCGGAGGAAAUCGCCUGACCUUGAACCAAUCACAACCCGUCUGUUGUAUGGGAGCUCUAUGAAAAGCGGCUGUCAGUGUCUUUACACAAGAGGUCGGCCCUUGGAAGCUGGUUGGUCGAGACGCGACACGGACUUGUGCUCCGAGGCGUAUGAUUCGAGGCUCUUCAUUCGAGGACCAUCUGGACCAUCUGGACCAUCCAUGUCCAUCCAUGUCCCGGUCUGGUCUGGCACUGGGUUGCUUGAGCCUGGCCUGGUGGGCUGUCCACUGGCACUAGCUAGCUCAGUUGACUGUCGUAGAUUUUGUUGCACGAAGGUGUCAUGA